CUCCGCGCGCACGAACACGCUCACACAAGCUGAUUAAACGCGCGUCUGUGUGCUGUUUCUAACCGCCAGGACACGAGACAUUUAAAAGGAACCUCUUUAAUAUUUCAGCGCGAGUUUGAUGAUAUCAGGGGGACACAAGCGAGACAAAAUAAUCACAUCCCCAAAUCGGAGCUUCGCAAAUAAUACUGGACCAAACUCACCUUUCAACACUGAACAUUUCAUGGAUUUAUUGAUGUCUCGUCCAUUCUGUAUUUUCUUAUUGUAGGCUAUUAAUUAACCGAUCAAGAUUUGGAGUAAGAAGGAACACAGUAUGGACUUCUUAGAAAUUGCAUUUUGAAACAAGGACAUUGUUGAUCAUUUAUAUGAAUAUAUUUUUGCAAAAAGUAUUUUAGCGGACAUUGAUCGGACCGAACCGGAUCUCUGACCAUGCACACGCACUUCAGCUUUAGUUUUACUCGCUUCUGUAGUUCCUGAUCUCCUCUGGGAAUCUUUGGGAUGGAUCCAUCUCUCUGUUAAAGCUCUAUGUUGAAGUGUAUAGUCGUGGAUGUUUCAUUGAGGAAUUGAGUCCGAUCUGAUCAUGUAUGAGAGUGUGGAUGUGAACCCUUUCCUCAUGAUGGAUUACUAUAAUCAGAGCAGAGGAUGUCUGAUCCCGGACAAGAUGCCACAUCCCUUCAGCUCAUCCAUCAGACAUCAGCACUGGAGCGGAUCCAACCACUCAAUCGAGACCCAGAGUACGAGUUCAGAGGAGAUCGUCCCGAGCCCACCCUCUCCGCCCCCUCCUCCUCGCAUCUAUAAGCCCUGCUUUGUGUGUCAGGACAAAUCUUCAGGGUAUCACUAUGGCGUCAGUGCCUGUGAGGGCUGCAAGGGUUUCUUCAGGCGAAGUAUUCAGAAGAACAUGGUCUACACGUGCCACAGAGAGAAGAACUGCAUCAUCAACAAAGUCACCCGCAACCGCUGUCAAUACUGCCGGCUGCAGAAGUGCCUGGAAGUGGGGAUGUCCAAAGAAUCGGUAAGGAACGACAGGAAUAAGAAGAAGAAAGAAGAUAAAAAGCAAGAAUGCACAGAGAGCUACACGCUGAGCCCAGACACAGAGCAGAUGAUUGACAGAGUCAGGAAAGCCCACAAAGAGACCUUCCCCUCGCUGUGUCAACUCGGCAAAUACACCACGAGUAACAGCUCCGAGCGGCGCGUGGCACUGGACGUGGAUCUGUGGGAUAAGUUCAGCGAGCUCUCCACAAAGUGCAUCAUAAAGACGGUGGAGUUCGCCAAACAGCUGCCGGGAUUCACCACCCUCACCAUCGCAGACCAGAUCACACUGCUGAAGGCUGCUUGCCUCGACAUACUGAUUUUGAGGAUCUGUACCCGCUACACGCCUGAGCAAGACACCAUGACUUUCUCUGACGGGUUAACGCUGAACCGAACGCAGAUGCACAACGCUGGCUUCGGUCCGCUAACAGACCUGGUGUUCGCCUUCGCCAGUCAGCUGAUACCGCUGGAGAUGGAUGACGCCGAGACGGGACUGCUCAGUGCUAUAUGCCUGCUGUGUGGAGAUCGGCAGGACCUGGAAGAAGCCGAUAAGGUGGAUGUUCUGCAGGAACCGCUUCUGGAAGCACUGAAGAACUACGUGAGGAACAGGAGGCCGCACAAACCUCACAUGUUUCCUAAGAUGCUGAUGAAGAUUACCGACCUGAGGAGCAUCAGUGCCAAGGGGGCAGAGCGUGUGAUCACCCUGAAGAUGGAGAUUCCUGGCUCCAUGCCUCCUCUCAUUCAGGAGAUGUUGGAGAACUCUGAGGGUUUGGAGAGUUCCUCAGGCGGGGUCAGUUCACGGGCCGCCGGCGCCCCUCCAGGCAGUUGUAGCCCCUCCCUUUCUCCAAGCUCCGCUCAAAGCAGCCCACCCACGCAGUCGCCAUGACAACCAUCAUUGCCGUCAUCGUCAGCCACUUAUCGACUACUGUGUGCCCUCCGCGACACGACAGCAGAAACGUUCAAAAGCACGCGCUCAUAUUGCCGCCCCUCUGCCCGUGUUCCUCAGAGACUAAAGGGGGAAUCAAAGGUGUGUCGCCGGAAUUUUGUUGUUUUCUUUCUUCAGAUCAGACUGUGAUUGUAUUCCUCCUCAAUUUCCCUUUGGAUGAAGGGAGGAAGACCACUGGAGAGUGAAGACAAAAAAGUGCAAGAAUGAAUGGACAAACGUAUAGAAGGAAUUAAAGGACCUUUUCUUCUGUUUCCUAUUCUUAUGGCCUGGGACUUCUGUUUCAGAGACCAGAGACUGAUUUCCUACAAACUAAAAAAAAAAUAUAUAUAAAUAUAUAGAGAGAAGACAUGGAAUGAUUGUGAUUGAGAACUGAAUGAAACAUGGACUUGAUGUAAAGAUGCAAAUGUAUUUCCUCACUUUUUCCUCUUUAUGCCUAUGAAAGGGCAAAGAGUGAAUGGUUUUAUUUCAAACUGAUGAUGAUGUUUUUCAUGGAGAAAAAAAAACAUUGAAAAGAUUGUUAAAUUUCACUCACAAAAUUGUGCACAGAAGAUAUAAAAAUGGUCGCAACAAACAAUUUGUGUAAUGUGUUCUUCUUGCUCUUGUCUUUAAGCUACUAGCAGAUACCUCAAGGAUUCAUUUCAGACCAUAUUUUAUUACUCUGUGUUUUGCUUAACAUUUCAGAAAUAAAUUACCGAAAAGGUUCUUGCAUCAA